GAGCUGCGGCACCCCAACUCACCGAUUGGCAAGUGAUCAAGAGACAGCAGACACCGUCGCCUGCUCAUCGUAGGCGCACUCUUCUUAUAUAGUCUGAAUUAUCUGACAGUGGUGGAGAUCUAGCUAAAGACGAUGUCAACACACGAUUUCAAUCAUCAAGGGCCUCAACACUUGAAUAAUGUGGAAUGGGAAAACCAUGAGCAUCAGAGAAUAGUGGCAGCCUGUUUAGUCCAUGCUGCUUAUGUUCUCGAAGAUGAUCGGAGGGAGGGACGUAGCGGUGAAGAUCGGCUCGGCCGCCCAUGGUGGGAAUUCUUUGGCUUCGAGUGCAUCUCCACUCUUUUAAACUUGGAGAAUUGUUCGUCUGGUUUCACCAUUGGCGCAGUUUUCCGGCUAAAAGAAGCAAGCAGGACAUCCCCCUUUGCUCCGGCCAUGGUCAUCGCGGUUCGCGGCACAGUCAACCAUCACGACUGGGGCGUUAAUGUUGACACGCUUCUGGGCCGCGGCCGUCAGCGCCACUCUUGCAGGAUCGUCAUGCAACAAGCAGAAUCACUUGUCCGUGAACAUGGCGUGGAAAGCAACCUCUGGCUGUGCGGUCACUCCCUCUGGGCGGCUGUUGCCACAUUUGUAGGGGAUCAGAUGGCCAAGAAGGGGUGUUUUUUAACAACCUUUCUGUUUAAUCCUCCCUACAUCUUGGAUCGAAGAUCAAAAGAUGGAUUUCGACACAAACUUGAUGAUAUCAUGGAGGUAGCAGGGGACGUGACUGGUGGGCUCAUUGCUGGUAAGUUUGGCCGUGUCUUCGCUGAUCUGGCCGCUCUUGGAACAAAUCUCCAUGACAAGAAGAAGCUGGACCAGCAGCAACAAUUUGACAAUCUGAAAAAGUGGAAUCCUCGAGUAUACGUGAACGCAAAGGACUGGAUUUGUACGCGUUACAUAGAGUACUUCGAGAGGAAGAUGAAAGGGUCCCCAGAGAAGCUGCCCAAAAGAAUUGCAUCUGCCACUCUUGUCAUCAACAUGGAUGAACCAGGGGACGAACUCCCACACUUCAAAGAGGCAUAUUUCAUCAUGCAAUGGUUCGAUAAUCCAGGAGACGCAUACCGACGCUUCAAAGAGGCACAUUCCAUCAUGCAAUGGUGGAAGCCGGGCCUUCGGGUGGAGGCCAAGCGUUAUGUCAUGGCCUGAUUUCUCUUUACUCGACCCUUUGGCCUUAACGCUGGGUUGAUCAAAUGGUAAACCUGUGCGAAUCUUGUGCCUGUCUAAUAAGUUGGUCAAUUAAGUUUUCAGUAUCUCUCUUCUUAACUCUCUUUUCAUGAAUCAACAGCCACGGCAGUGUAACUAAAAGGUUUCAUCUGUUUAUAAGUUUAUCUUUGGGAGACAAUUAUUCCAGUUCAUUUUUCUGUCAUUCUCCUUGAUGAGUGUAUUUUAGAUGCUCAAAAGCAUGGCUAGACUUGGUGUCAAACACCUUCCACUCAUUCCCGGCCAUUGAUUUAACAAUCCAAACUGGAAAUUUUUGUAAAAUGAAAAAAAAAAAUCUGUCUAUCAUUUUUCGUGGGUCAUUUGGAAAAAUAUGAAAAGUCAAAAGAAGAUAUAAGUCACCAACACUCAAGUCAAAAUACGGUGAGGAUAGUAUCUCAAAGCAUUAAAAGAGACCCUAUAUCUUAUGGAGGAGAUAAAGGGUUGGGUGGAAGCUUCACCUCAUGUGUGGACUAUAUGAUGACAUCUUGUUGAAACACACAAAAAGGUCAGGCCUCAUGCUUUUUUCUUGGCUCUGUUUGCAUAAUUAUCUAAUCAUUCGAAGCUAAUUUUCAAACUAACUAUCAUACCAUGACCAUAGUGAUGGCCCACA